CGGCUACUUUCUCUCUUCCUCCCCAUUGUUCCUCUAUUCCCUCCUCUGGCUUUGGCAAAUCCCCUCUACAGGAACCGGUCUCCAUUGCUUUCUCCUCAGAUCACAUCACAAUGGCCAAUUCACCUCAUGGCGGGGUCCUCAAGGACCUCCUUGCUCGCGAUGCCCCCCGCCACGACCAGCUGGCCGCCGAGGCAGAGACCUUGCCUGCUGUUACUCUGACAGAGCGUCAGCUCUGCGAUCUGGAACUGAUCAUGAAUGGAGGCUUCAGUCCUCUAGAGGGCUUCAUGAACCAGAAGGAUUACGACCGCGUUGUCUCGGAGCUCCGACUGGCGGAUGGCAACCUCUUCUCCAUGCCUAUCACUUUGGAUGUGUCGCAGCAGUGGCUGAAUGAAUCCAAAAUCCAACCCGGAUCCCGUAUCACACUACGCGAUUUCCGAGACGAUCGUAAUCUUGCUAUUUUAACCGUCGACGAUAUCUAUCGCCCGGAUAAAGCCCGUGAGGCCAAGCUGGUUUUUGGCGGAGACGAGGAGCAUCCGGCGAUCAAGUAUCUGAACACGCAAGUUCAAGAAUUCUAUGUUGGAGGAAAGGUGGAAGCAGUGAACAAACUGAACCACUAUGAUUACGUCGCAUUGCGCUACACUCCUGCGGAGUUACGUAUUCAUUUCGACAAGCUCGGCUGGACCCGAGUCGUCGCUUUCCAGACCAGAAACCCUAUGCACAGAGCUCACCGGGAGCUGACUGUUCGUGCUGCUCGUGCUCGCCAGGCCAACGUCCUAAUUCAUCCAGUCGUUGGCCUCACCAAGCCCGGUGAUAUUGACCAUUUCACCCGGGUGCGUGCCUACCAGGCCCUUCUCCCUCGUUACCCCAACGGCAUGGCGGUUCUCGGUCUCCUUCCCCUGGCCAUGCGUAUGGGCGGACCACGUGAAGCCAUCUGGCACGCCAUUAUCCGUAAGAACCACGGUGCCACUCACUUCAUCGUCGGACGUGACCAUGCCGGCCCGGGUAAGAACUCCAAGGGCGUCGACUUCUACGGCCCGUACGAUGCUCAGCACGCCGUUGAGAAGUACAAGAAUGAGCUCGGCAUCGAGGUUGUCGAGUUCCAAAUGGUCACAUACUUGCCCGAUGAAGACGAAUACAAGCCCAUUAACGAGGUUCCGGCGGGCACCAAAACCCUCAACAUCUCCGGAACUGAACUCCGCAAGCGUCUCCGCACCGGCGCGCACAUCCCUGAAUGGUUCUCCUACCCCGAGGUUGUCCAGAUUCUCCGUCAGUCCAACCCGCCUCGCUCUACUCAGGGAUUCACCAUCUUCCUGACGGGAUACAUGAACUCGGGCAAGGACGCCAUUGCUCGUGCUCUGCAGGUCACCCUGAACCAGCAGGGCGGGCGGCCCGUGUCCCUUCUGCUGGGUGAUACUGUCCGACACGAACUCUCGUCCGAGCUCGGCUUCAGCCGGGAGGACCGCCACACCAACAUCCAGCGCAUCUCCUUCGUAGCCACUGAGCUCACCAAGGCUGGUGCUGCUGUGAUCGCCUCCCCCAUCGCCCCUUACGAGCACUCGCGCCAGCAUGCGCGCGAGGCCAUUUCGCAGGUCGGCUCAUUCUUCCUGAUCCACGUGGCUACUCCAUUGGAGUACUGCGAGCGCACCGAUAAGCGCGGAAUCUACGCAAAAGCCCGCCGUGGAGAGAUCAAGGGCUUCACAGGUGUUGAUGACCCGUAUGAGGCUCCUACCAAGGCGGAUCUUGUUGUAGAUGUUUCCAAGCAGAGUGUUCGCAGUAUUGUGCAUGAGAUUAUCCUCAUUCUUGAGAGUGAGGGUUUCUUUGAUCCUAAGACCGCAUAGACAUGCAUGUUUAUGGAUAGAGAUAUAUGCAUGUUAAUGGUUAUGGGAGAUGGCUUUUUUUAACGGUUUUGUACUUUCCGAUUCCCUUAGGUUCAAAUAGAUCUUCAGCUUUGUGAUGUUAUGGUUCCUGUCCUUAGAUGCAUGUCUUAAAUGAUUACGAUUUUAAGUCCAGAUUUCC